CACAGUAUUAGUCUCCGUCUUCAACCUCACACCAACGAACACGGUACCCUCGCGAUAUUCGACAGGUCAGGCUUUCCCCAGCGCCUCAUUCAGGCCACUGGGUCGGGGAGGCCAACCAAAACCGGGCUCCGUCCCGCGGACGCAGACUCAUCAUGUCGGCAUCCAUUGCCUAGAGCAAGCCGCAUUUCUUUGUUCUCUGGCUUAGCAAGCACACACUUUCAUUUCGUCAAAGAUUUACGCCAACGCCAUAUGGCUAACUCCUUUGUGUUGAAAUAUCUGAAGUCAGAGCAUGUUGGGGCAGAUGAGCAGCACAUAUGUCAUCCUUUCUUUAAGGUCGAGCGCCAUUUUAUUCCAAUAAUAAAAUAUUUAUCAUCCUGCCAUGGGAGGGAGGGCUACUCCUUGUUCCUCAUAACACUUCACUCUCCCAUCUUCCAGAGCCAGCAGUGUCAAACUCCUGGUUUAUGUCUCAUUCUUGUCUGCCUACUUAUAGCCUGUCCAAUAUCUUCGUGAAACUCCUUCUUCUUCGUCAUAUCAACUAUGACCACAGUCGCCUCUGAAGCCAGACCUCGUCCAUCCAUAGAACCUAUCCGAACUUCAGGCCCUGGUCUCAAUGUCCGAUCUUUGCGAUCCCGUAUCAUCCAAAAGAGCCCGUCAUGGACCCCUUCACCCCUAUCACCCCACAGCCGACCUCUUCCACAACUUCGAGAGCGCGAAGAUGAUGAUAUGAAGCAGGAUGAUGAUACAAAAGUUGAUCAGCAAGAACCCCGAAAGCGUGAUCUUCCCAAGCUUGAGUCCGGUUUACGCAAUGUCUCCUUGAGACCCAUUGCACCUCUUUCUCUCCCAAGCCCAGGCCCCAGCACUUUGCCAUCUCGGCGCUCUCCCCUUUCUGCGCCACUCUUAGCUCCUCCCGUUUUUCAAAGACCUACUCUAGCAGAUGAGACAAGAAGCAUGUUGCUUCAGGAGUCAGAUGCAGAGCGAGGUGGUGAAUCCCGUCAUGUCGACUAUGAGCGCCGACAAUCUGCCCCUGGUGGUCCUCUUCACGCCAGAGCCAUGCACCUUGCUCGACAAAGAGAGCAUCAUCGUCGGCGAUGGAUCGCAGCCUCAUACAGACCUCGUGAGCCUGAGAUAUUUGUGCUACCUGUUGAGCUUUGUCGCUUGUCUCAGUUAUCUUCGAGUGACGCAGAAGCGUCUUCGCCCUAUCCUUCGGAGAGACGUUUGACUACCCGUGUGGCUGUUCAUUCGCCUGGCCGGAAGUCAAUUAUACUCACUAGAACCUUCGACUUGGACGAGUUAAGAGCUACACUUCCAGUUAUGAGCCCUCUUGAACGACAUAAAGAGAAUAGGCGUGCAUCAGUUGUCACUCUUCAACCUCCUUCUGUCAGCUCUCGAGCAUCCUCCCCCGGAAUCUCUCACGAAAGACGUCAUUCCCAUGGCGUUCUCCCUAGAGUAGAUGCAAAGCACUCGCCGGCUUAUGAGCGCAGAGGCUCCCGCCAAGGUUGCGGCCCUGUCGCUAUACGCCUCAGCUAUGCUCGAACAUACCUUCCCGUUCUGGCUGCUGUCAUUCUUUCAGAGCACGUUCGUCCUGGCGCCACGGUUGAGCUCCCCCUCCCGCAUCCUCAUGCUUGGGGGGACACUGUCGCACACGUUUAUACUCGACGAGUCACACUUACUGAGCCCAUCAAGCAGAACAUCCUGUAUCUUGGAGGCUCAGUCUAAAGGAACGAGAGAACAAAUCAAGGACGUUGGUGCGGGAGAAUGUUUGAGCCUCUUGGACAUUAGGUCUUGAUGGGUAACUGGACUAUGGGAGGAAACUUUUCAAUAUGUCUUGUAAUUUUGGGUGUCACUAGCGAGUCAAUGCAACAGUUCCAUUCUUUAUCCCCCGAUUCCUUUCUGCAACAGCCACUGCAGUUAAGGGGCGUCGAUAACUUCAAUGCAGAGACUAUACGAAUG